UGUUUCAACUGUGGUAUCUCAGGAUAUAAUGUGUCAUCUUGUACGAUAUUUAGUAAAGUUGUCAGCUAUAUUUGUGGUCAGACUGGACAUCUUACUGUGAAUAUCAUCAAGCAAAGUGUACGCCGUAAUGCCUGUUUCAAUUGUGAUAUCUCAGGAUAUAAUGUGUCAUCUUGUAGGAUACUUAGUAAAGUUGUCUGCUAUAUUUGUGGUCAGAUUGGACAUAAAACAUCUUACUGU